ACCGCAAACUGACGGUGUAAUCUAACAUAAACAGUUCACGUGACAGUUAAACUUUUUUGUUUAUCGGAAGUUUUAACCUUCAAAUCAACUUGAGUUUCAACUGUGUUUAAUAUUGGAAGGUUUGGUGCUACUUGUUUAAGACUGCGGAUCGUGGUAAGAUGAGCUUGAUUUGUUCAGCUAUUAAAUUCAGCCGAUAGUACUUGUAAAACUCUUUCAGUAAAAUGGCAACCUUAUCACAAUCCACCAUUGACAAGGGCUCUGACAUUUUCCACGACUUCUUGUGCUACACCUGCGCAGACAGGAAACUGGAUAAUACAGCUGAUUUCUACUGUGAAUCUUGUGUUAAGUUUUACUGCGGAAAAUGUAUCCGCCCGCACAGCCAGUUGUUUACAAAACAUAAUCCCUUUGGAAGGGGAGAUAUGAAGAAAUGGCCAGUGACCAAAAAGGUGGAGGAUUUUCUACUGAAAUGUGAUUUCCAUAAAGAUAAAAACCUUGAAAUGUUUUGUUCUGAACACAGUGAGCUGUGCUGCACAAAUUGUGCAUUCCUAAAUCACAGACACUGCAAAAAGGUAACUCUUAUAUCCGACAUUGUAAAAAGUCAGUCUACAGACCUUCAGCAACUGUCAAUUUCUAUCCAAACUAUUCUGAAAGAAAUGAAGGAACUUCAAGGCAACCAGGAGGCUAGCAUUCAUUAUGUGCAAAGUUCAUACGAUGAGCAGUUAAGCAGGAUACAAAAAGCUCGCAGAGAAAUAAAUGCAACCUUAGACACGAUUGAACAGAAAACACUGAAGGAAAUGAAAGAUACUCUAACCAAACUGCAGGCCUCCAUCAAAAGUGAAGCUGACAAAUGCAUCAGGCUUAGGGAUGAAUUAAGACAACUUCGAGACGUCAUACAGGACAUUAGUGAUUAAAGCAAGCUGGAACUAUCCUUUAUAGCCACCAGGAAAUGCGAGGACAAAAUAGUACAGUCUACAACUUUUCUGAACACGAACUUUCUUCAGGAUAAAUUCUAUAUAACAUUCCAGCCUAACAGUGAAAUUGUACGGUACUUGUCCAAGCUGUCUGGUCUUGGGAGGAUAGAACACAGUACCAAGACAUUGAUGGUACAAGAUAAUCCAAACAAGGUAAUCAUUGUGCUGAGGAAGUCUGAAAACAAUGUGAAAAUAUCAAGUGAUUCACAGGAAUGCUUGAUCUCAGGCAUCCUUGUCCUCACAGACAGACAGGUCCUGGUUGUAGACCAAAGUAAUAAUAUUGUCAAGCUUCUUGACCAGCAGAACCAGGUGGUGAGUCACUGUAGUAUGACUAAAUGGCCCGUGGAUAUAUGUCAAAUCACAUCGAGAGAGGUGGCUGUGACACGGAAUGACAGUAACAUACAUGAGGUCCAGUUUAUAACAGUCAACAACAGGCAAAUAGUGACAGGAAGAAAGCUUCAGUUACUGCAUACAUGUUACGGUAUUGCCUUCCACCAGGGAGACCUAUAUAUUACUUCUUGGACUGCACUGUACAAGUAUAAACUGAAUGGGAAACUUGUCAGCAAGAUGUAUGAAGAUACAUCAGGUGAUUAUACAGUAAUGAGGUGUGCUGUGAGCCCCACAGGGGACAAGUUGUACAUCACAAACCUACUCCAGCACAAGCUCCUCACCCUGGCCAGGGAUGGUUCAGUCCUGGCCACCUUCACUGACCCUGCACUACAAUACCCACGUGGUGUACACGUUACACCUGCAGGACAGCUGCUCGUUUGUGGAGGCAAAUACUCCGAUCCCUUCAUCCUACAGGUAGACAGUGAGGGCAAAAGGAAGCUGGCUACUCUUGGUACGGAGAAGAAUUGUAUGCCACAAUCCGUCUGCUACAACAGACACACUGCCUCCAUCAUUGUGGGACUUCAUGAAAAGAACAACACCAUGGUGUUCAAAGUGCAAUAGGUUAAUUAUACAUGUAAAUUUGAUUUUCGAUUCAGAUGAAUUAAAUUGCAAUUGGA